AAAAGGUCAUACUGGCAGUCUGCUUACAACAUGGCUGUUUGCGUUGUUCCGUUUCACAUUGUAUUGUUCGUACUAAGUGUUUCCCAUCUUGCGGCUGCUGUUGCUUCUCCAAAGGAAAAAGAAUUUAGUACAGAGAUUGCAGAUUUGAAAAAUGAGUUUCAAACCAAGAUUGAUUAUCUGUUCAAGGUCAUCAUAGAGAAGGAUGACAUUCACGCCAAUGAAAUAGCAAGACUCCAGAGACAAGUUGAUGUUCUAUAUACUCGAUGUGGUCCAAAAAAUCUGGCACAAUACUCUUCAUCGUCUGAAACAGGAACCGAUACUGACGAUGGUGUGACGCCUCAACGGACCGCCGAAAGAACUUCGGAACUUCGCCAUGAAAAUCGUUCUGAAACACCAGAUCGCAGGUCGUCCUUGGUACAUCAGAGGCCUGCGAGAGUAGAUCAAGUCUACAGAAAACACGUGGCGUUCUAUUCGUACACCAACAUUCAAUUGACCAACCUUGGAAUAAACCAACCUAUCAUUUUCAACCAUGUGGUAACUAAUUUGGCUAAUCCGUACCACUCAGGAACCGGAGUGUUCCACUGUGGAGUUUCUGGGGUUUACGUUUUCAACAUACACCUUCUAGCCUUGCCAGGCAAGAAUUUCGAAGCCGAAUUGGCAAAGAAUGGAGCGGCGGUUUCCUGGAUAUACGCAGGCGGUCAAGGCGGUACAUAUGACCAUGGUGGAAAUACAGCCAUUCUGGAAUUAGUUGUGGGAGACGAAGUAUGGGUACGGACUGUUCUUGGAACUGACCAGGGAGCUACUCUCGAUUACAUGUUUUCCAGCUAUUCUGGAUUCCUGUUGUAUCCAUAUUGA